GUUUCAUCAGCAGCUGCUUUAACUUCUACCGUGCCUACACCUAGUCUCACAGGCUUCCAGAGAAAACGAAAUGAAGCCUGUCCUUAGCGCAAUCCCUGAAUAUCUCCUAUAAAUUACUCCCAUCCGCACCCGCAUCCGCAUACCGCUUAACCAUGAAAGAACCUACAACAGAACACGACCUCCCCUCCAGACCCAUACCCAUUAAGGGGCGUAGCCUCCGCUUCCUAGUCAUCGGCGCCGGCUCCCGCGGCAACGCCUACGCCCGCGCCGUAACAACCAGCACCCCCGCAUGUAUCCACGCCGUCGCCGAACCUCACGCCUUCAAGCGCGCCGAUUUCGGCCGGAAGUAUAUCUGGGGCGAGGAGGGGCAGCCAGCCGAUGGCCAGGAGUUUAGUGAUUGGAGGGAAUGGCUGGAGUGGGAGACGGCGCGGCGCGCGCAGCCGGAUCAGUCUCAGGGGGCAGAUGGGGACGGGGUGGACGGUGUCUUCAUCUGCACGCUCGACGAAACACACGUCGAGAUCGUGACGGCUCUGGCGCCAUUGGGGCUGCAUAUCCUCUGCGAGAAGCCGCUUGCGCUAUCGCUGGGUGAUUGUCUAGCUGUUUACAAGGCCUUAUCGCCAGCCGCUGGCGACUCCAGCGGUGCCAAUGGCAGUGCCUCCGGCGGGGACAACAAGAUCUUCUCCAUCGGCCACGUCCUCCGGUACAGCCCACACAACAUCCUCCUCCGCAAGCUCCUCCUCCUCGACCGCGCCAUCGGCGACAUCGUGUCCCUCGAGCACACCGAGCCGGUGGGCUGGUGGCAUUUCGCACACAGCUACGUCCGGGGCAACUGGCGGCGCGCGACAGCCCAAGGCGACGGCUCCCUGCUUACCAAGUCUUGCCAUGAUAUCGACUUUAUCAUGUGGUUGCUGUCCUCCCCCGCGGAGUAUGUGACGGCGCAGGGGAAAAUGCAGACACAAACACACCACCCCCGCAGCAUCACCUCCACCGGCACCCUGACUCAAUUCCGGCGCGCCCGCAAACCACCCGCCGCUGGCGCAGCAGCCACAAACUGUCUCUCGUGCCCUGCAGAGCGGGAAUGCAUCUACAGCGCUGUGCGGAUCUACCGCGACCUGCACCUGUCACAGGGGGAGACAGGCUGGCCUGUUAAGAUCGUGGUACCUGAUAUCGAGGACGUGUUGCGCUCGUCUCCAGCAGACAAGGCACGUGCUGCCGGCGAGGCGCACCUCCUGGCCCGCCUGCGCGAGGACUACUCCCGCGAGGAGAUGAGCGACGAGGAGAUCGCGCGGCGACCGUGGUACGGCCGGUGUGUCUUCGAAGCGGACAAUAACGUCUGCGACGACCAGGUUGUGACUAUUACGUGGGAUGACGAGGAUGAGGACGAAUCGCCGGUCGUCAACGGGGAGGGACAGCAAGGGCGACGCGCCAAAACGGCCGUCUUCCAUAUGAUUGCCCCCACGGAGAAACAGUGUGAGCGCCGAGGGCGAGUCUACGGGACGCGCGGCGAGAUUGCCUACGACAGCCGGACUAUCUCCAUCUAUGAUUUCGCGACGCGCUCGACUACCACCAUCGAGGUGCCCAAGCAGCCGCCGGAAGAGGAGGAGGCGCAUGGCGGAGGAGACUACGGGCUGGCGCGCAGCUUCGUGCGUGCGGUGGAUGCCGUCGAGAAUGAGGGCUGGGAUGUGCAGCGCGCGCAAACCCAUUUCGUCGGCUGUACCCUGGAAGAAGCGGUGCGCAGCCAUGCCGUGGUCUUUGCGGCCGAAGAGGCCAGGCGGGAGGAAAAGGUCGUGCGGUGGAAGGAGUGGUGGGCAGAAAAGCUUACUGCGGCUGGCAUCGCAUGAUUCCUUGAUGAAUGACUAUGAUGAUUAUGAUGACGCUGAACUAAUGACUUGACUGCAUUUGAUCUGGCACUGCCAUACUACUA